AUGGCAAGUCCGAAGACUAGCAUAGCUAAAGGCACGCUCUGCAGAGCAGCGCUACCGGUCUUGGUAGGUUCUGCCGCAGUGGACGUGGAAGAAGCAGCGAUCGAAGAGGAGGCUUCGCUUGCGGAAGAAGCUGCGCUUGAGGAGGCAGCUGCGCUUGAAGACGAAGCUUCAUUACUAGAGGAAGCCGCGCUUGAAGCAGAUGACGCACUCGAUGAAGAAGCUGCUGCCGAAGAGGAAGCCGCAGCCGUUGAGGAAGGAUCAUGGCGGAUCCGGAGAACAGAAGGCAUUGCGUAG